UAUGGAAAAUAAAAUGGAUGAUAUUUUACGGGAGCUUAAAAUGGCUCAAUUUACAGAUGCUUUCAAGAAAGAAAAGAUCACACCGGAUAUUGUGUGUUUCUUAAACCGCAAUGAAAUGUUGCAGCUUGGAUUACAUCCUCAGGAAAUGACGAAACUUAGAAAUUUCUGCAUAAAUUACGGAACAAAGCAACCGACUCGUCAGAUAUCUGGUUGUGGUGCAUCAAAGUUUUCCAUUCCAAAAGAUAUUUUGCGAAAUUUCAUAGAAGAUGGCUUUUCUAUUUCAAAUAUUGCCAGCCUUCUUUCGGUGUCGGAGAAAACAAUAUAUAGACGAAUGCAGGAAUACAAUCUAAAAAAGCAGGUGUAUACAGAUAUUGACGAUAGAGAAAUAACAAAAAUAGUGAAAGAUUUAAUAGAAGAGUUUCCCUCAUGUGGUGAAAUAAUGCUUGGACACAUUCUGCAACAAAAGAAUAUAAAGAUAGAAAGAGCAAAGUUGAGAUUAAUUUUGCAUGAACAUGAUAAAGAUGGAAUAAUGGCUCGGAGAUCCGGACGGUUGCAGAGGAGGACAUACCAGUCACAAGGGCCAAAUCAUAUCUGGCAUAUUGAUUCUAAUCACAAACUUGUUAGAUGGAAUUUUAUAGUAUCAGGUGGUAUAGAUGGAUUUAGCAGAAUGAUAGUCUUUUUGAAAUGUGAGGACAAUAACAAAGCGGACACUGUGUUUAAAUGUUUUAUGGAAGGAGUAAAAGAUUUCGGGGUUCCAUUGCGUGUACGUACAGACAAAGGAAUGGAAAAUAGUAAAAUAGCAGAUUUUAUGAUUGAAAAGAGAGGAUCUUCUAGUAUGUUACUGGGGAAAAGUGUGCAUAACCAGCGCAUAGAAAGAUUGUGGAGAGAUGUUUUAAAUGGUGUUCUUGGCUAUUAUUACAGAUUGUUUUAUUUCAUGGAGGAGGAGGAAAUUCUAGAUCCCUUGAAUGAAAUUCAUCUACUCGCUCUUCAUUACAUAUAUUUACCAAAAAUAAACGAAAAAUUAAAGCUGUGGUCAAACGCAUGGGCCACUCACAAAUUACGUACUGUGAAAGCUAGUCCCGUGUGUCUUUGGACUGCUGGAAACUUUAAUAACCCUGUUGGGGAUGAUGUUUCUGAUAGUGUUGACAAUUUAUUAGAGCAUGGAUUAAAUGAGUUGGAGGAAAACCCUCGGCCUAUUUUUGAAGGACUAUCUUUGUUGAACCCACUUUGCUUGGAAGAAUUAGAAAGGAGAUGUCCAGCAACAUGGACAUCUAUAAAUCAUGGGAUAGACAAAUAUCAAAUUUGUGUAGAAGUUUCGAAGAGUUUCAAUUUUUGACUUGUUUUAUUCAAUUUCCAUGAAUUGUGUAAUUUUUGUUGUAAAAAAACAAGGUCAAAAUAUUUUCAACAUUUAUGUCAUAUGCUCCUGGACUUUUCAAUAUUCAUCAUAGUUACAUACAAGUCCAUGUACAUACACAUAAUAUUCUGACUCCAUCUUCCUCCUUUGUAUACAUGUAUUUAAAACAUAAAUGUUGCUAACAAUAAAGCAAUUAAAUCAAAAUCAAUUAUUUGUUUUAUUUCAAAGGAAUUAUACAAAAUAAUUGUGAACUUGUAAACAAAUUAACAAAGUUGCAAUAGUUGGUUGUAACUUAAGAAAUGCAGAUUACAAUAACUCAGUAACAAUUUUAAAAAAUUACAAUGCAAUUCCUUUGGUCCUCAUCACAAUUAUAUGCAACUUAAUUAUGACCUUGACACCCCCUCUAGUCAUAAGAAACCUUCGUGUAAAGUAAGAAACCUUGGAUUUUUACUUUGUCUAAAUGACCCUGCAACUAAUACAAGACACAUAAUAUGAUAAUGAACUUCUUUUGUCAUGAAGUUUUGAGAAUUUCUAUAUGCUACAAAUAAGAUGGGUGAACAAGACGGGCCAAAUGCCUAUAGUUUACAAUUUACAAAAAUCUCAAAAAGACUGAAAUUAUUUCCCUAUGAAAAAGCAUAAACACAAUAAAGAGGACAAAAAAGAUAAUUUUCUCAUACUUAUACGAAAGUAGUUGGCUUGUUUGUCUGAAAGCAAUGUGAAAAUCAAGAUUUUUACUGCCAGCGUUUGAAUCUAUGGAAUACAUACACCAUAUUACUUUUAUUAAAAGAAUAUUUUUUUCUGCUAAAAACUUUAACCAGCCUCUGAAACGUGAACCUCAUUCAGCAUCCGAAAUCUAUAGCUCAGAUUCAGCAUUCAAGCCUGUCCAGUGCAUAAGUAUCAUAAGACGCACCAUCCAUGCAAGUUUGGUGAUAACUUGGUGAUAACUUUGGUGAUAACCAGUGAUAACCAAGUCAUCAAAGGGCACCUGCCCCAAAAACAUUAACCUGCUCCAAAAACCUUAACCUCCUCUGGCAUCUGAAAUUCAUGGCCCAGAUUCAGCAUUCAAGUCUUUCAAGCUCAUAAGUAAGUCAAGAUGCUCAGUCAAUGCAAGUUUGAUGAAGAUAGGACAAGUUAUAACUAAGAUACAGGACCUGCAACAAAAACUUUAAAUAGGUCCGGACGCCGACACCAGGGGUAUAAUAUAAACUCCCCUAACUUUUGUUUCUUAGCUAAAAACUGACAGAUUAAGCUGCAAAAUACAGGUGUAUAACUUCAUCCAAACUUCUUAAUUGAAGAAAAGAAAACAAUUAAAAUAUUUAACAACAUAGGUAAACAAAGCUCACCUCCACAAAUGUUAUCAAUAGGUAUGGCAAAUUUCACAUUAUAUUUUUACGACUUAAGUAGAACUUACAGUUACUUAGAAAUGGAUCUGCUAAACAAGAGGCCUAAACAAUGUGCCACAUUGCUCACCUGAGCUACAAUAGCCAUAAUGAAAUCAGAUUUAUGGAGUCAAUUUCAAAUACAUAACAUCAGGACA